AUGCUGGUUCUAGAAGUCGAACGAAAGUUCCGCUGUCUCGCGGUCAAAAGGCUCGUCAGAGACGGGGGUUUUCCACCAUUCCGGAGUUUUAAAUACUGUGGCAAACAAACCUUUCACGAUGUCUAUUACGACAAGGCAGACCUGCUGUCAUCAAAAGGCGUCUGGAUCCGCCAACGAGACGGUCAUUGGCAGGCGAAAAUCCAACGAGGUGGAGACUACCACAACUCGAAGUUUGAGGAGCUGUCAAACCCCAUGGAUAUAUCCCAGUACUUGGCAGAGCUCACCGGCAUCAGACACAACGAAAGGAAUAAUUUCGGGUUGAUGCAGAUGGCUGCCUUCUCAACCCUGAGGGAGAGUUGGGUAGCCGACCAGGAUUUUACUGUCGUACAGGAUGUCACGGACUUCGGACACACGGUUGGCGAAGUGGAACUCGAAUGUCGCGUAGAAGGCGAGGGUAGCCCCGGUCUGGCGACUGAGCGAUACAGGGCUGCGAAGAUGGCGGAGAUGGAUGAAAGGAUCACUACCUUCAUGAAGCGCUAUUCUUGGGCAUUCUGUGCAGGUGUGCCGAAGGGGAAGCUGACUGCAUACUUUGAGACGUUCCAGUGA